AUACAGACUGUUCUCAGUAAGGAUAGGAAUCUGUGAAAAUCACGAUGAAGAGCCUUCCUCUGCUUCUGCUGAUUACAUUAGCAGCCCUGGGACUGAGCGAAGUGGGAAGCAAGCCACACAGGCGAGCUAAACGGGAGUUCUUAUCGCGUUCCAAGAGAAGAUGGGUCCUAUCUACAAUAGAGCUAGAAGAGGAAAUGGAUGUUAAAUACCCGUACAGAAUCUCUAAGAUGUACAACGACAAGCACAACGACGAUCACCAUAUAUUUGUAAUGGGUGGAGACGGUGCGGAUGAAACACUGUUCAAUAUUGAUGAAAAGACGGGAGAUGUCUAUGUUCUUCAACCUAUCGAUAGAGAAACAACUCCCAGCUUCCAUAUCACAUUUGAUGUCAAAGAAGAGGGAACAACAAACAGUAUUGACAGACAGUUAGCUUUUGAUGUUGAAGUACAAGAUAUAAAUGACAAUCCACCAAAGUUCAUAAAGAUUGAUAAAAUAGCCAAGGUAUUUGAAAAUGCCACAUCAGGAGAAUUCCUCCCUGCAGCAAUGGAAGUCAAAGACUUCGACAAGGAGGGCACAGAAAACUCAACAUUCACAGUCAACGUUGUAGACCAAAUACCAGCUGAACCAAAGAUCAGAGUAGACAAUACAACAAAAAAUGACUGGCGACUCAAACUGGAUGGAUGUUUUGACUAUGAUAAAGCAAAGCAGUACAAAAUUGUCCUUAAAGCAGUUGAUAAGGGAAAGCCACCACUUUCCAGCACUGCUACUAUUAUACUUAAUAUUAUUGACACAAACAGCCACCCACCGAAGUUUAAAAAGAGAGAGUAUGACGCCGAGGCUUUAGAAAACACAGCCUCUGCCGAAAUUUUAAGAGUAGGAGUAGAGGAUAAGGACUCGCCCGGCACUGAAGGCUGGACAGCCAAAUACUUCUUCAUCAGCGGUAAUGAAGAUAAUACCUACAAUAUUACCACAGACACCGAAACAAACGAGGGAAUUAUUGGUAUAGCCAAGGGGAAAAAUUUUGAUAUAACUACCUUUGUAAACCUGGAAAUUGGAGUUAGAAACAUUGAAGACUUGACUCUCUGUAAAGAUGGUAAACAAUCUACACCUCCCAAAGACCAACCCCUCGAUUCCGUUAAAAUCAAAGUGAAGAUGGUUGACACCAACGACCCCCCAGUGUUUGAAACAAAAUCAGAUAAAGUACACAUGGUUGAGGAAUCAGAGCCGGGACAGCUGCUGUAUACUCCUGUAGUUAAAGAUAUUGACUCUUCUAGCUUCAGGUACAUCAAGGUAAAUGACAGUGCUGACUGGGUGACUGUUGAUGAAAAAACAGGCCAAAUAACAUCAGUCAGUAGGAUGGACAGAGAGUCACCCCAUGUCGUGGAUAAUGCUUAUAAAGUUGUUAUUGCAGCUGUCGAUAAUGGUGAACCUCCAGCCACAAGUACAUGUACCGUCACAAUAUACCUCAGGGAUAUUAAUGAUAACUUACCUACGUUGGUCAAGAAGACUGCUACUUUGUGUACAAACGAACCUGAAGCGAUGGUCAAGGUACCUGUUAAGGAUACUGACGCCGAUCCAUACAGUGGGCCCUUCAACUUUGCCUUGGAAGGGGAUGAUACUAUUAAAAAUUGGAAACUAAUCUCUCAAAAUGGUAACGAAGUUACCCUUAGUAAACGGACGGAUCUCCAAUAUGGUAACUACUCUGUGCCAUUGUUGAUGGAGGACAAACAGAAUCAGGCCUCCAAAGAGACUCUGCAAGUGGAGGUGUGUGAGUGUAACGAAGAAGGUGUUUGCCGUGAAUUGAAGCCUCUGUUAACUAACCUUGGUGCAGCUGCCAUUGGACUAGUUAUUGCAGGACUGCUUCUCUUUUUGCUAUUACUUGCUGUCUUGACAUGCAAUCAAAAAAGGGAAUUUAAAAUGGAUAUUGAUGAUGGACAUCAGACGUUGAUCAAUUACAACCAAGAAGGAGGGGGCACUGAUUGCAAGUCUCCAAUAAUAUUACCACAAGCCAGAGAUGUGAAUGAGGGCCUUAAGCAGUACAUGCAGGAAACUGAAACAUCCCCUGAAGAUUUGUAUAGAAUGGACCCCAUGGUGGCAUCAUCUUCUUAUGGGAUGAACACGAUGGAGUCUCAGUUUCAUGGAGGCUUCCACGGAAACCUUAAGGGAGAAUCAAGACGCUAUGCAAGCACCAUUGGGAGGAGCACAUUUAGGAGCAACUCCACCUACAGCCAGUCUAUGAGAAACUCUUCCUUCAGCCAAUCUACUAGAGCCACAGAGGCUCAUCUUCGAAGCCAGCUUCACCGGCGUCUGGGGGCCUAUGAGAGAGAGUCAUCAUUAAGCACAGACUCUGUCAAUUUUUAUGAAUAUGAGGGGAGCAACAAAAGUUGUCUCUCACAGGAAAAUGAUCUAUAUGAAGAUUUUGAUUUGACAUUUCUUGAAAAAUUGGGGCCACAGUUCAGUACCUUGGCAAAGAUUUGUACGCCAAAAAGCGAAGUAAACAAUGCUUAGCUUAAAAAAAAACAUGGAAUGAAAUAGUCAUAGCCUCUCAUAUCUCUAGUUUGGAUUUAAAGAUUAAUACAAAGUGACAGACAGAGAUGUGCAACAGUUAGCUGGAUACUGGACUAUACGUAAGUUAAUUACAUACAUCUUCAAAGUCAAGUACUGUAUAUUUGCAAAUGUUCUUGAAACUGGGAUUAUGUGGUAAUUGCUAAAGAUUUAUUUGUUUCAGCAGUUCUUGCUCUAUUCAGUAGGGAAAGUUGCAUUUGGUUUAGAAUAAAGUAUGUUUGCUUGUUUUUUUACUUUUAUAAGUUGAGCAGAAUAAGAUCUAUCAAAAAGCACUUUUAGUUUUGGUGGUUUGGACGUCAGUGAAUGUUCUAUGUACUACAUAUUGACGUUUUCCUAAUGUCUUUUAUGAGCAUCAACACAAUGAGUGGUUAAAGUUAUUAAUACUCAUUAAGCUGUAAAUCUGUUCAUGCAUGGUGAGGUUGGGAAUUAAGAGUGGAAGAUUUCAUUUGUUGCCUUUUUAAAAUACAUUUUAUUUUUUAUAAUUCUAGUCUUGACCUUUUUUUUUUAAGAAAACUUUUAAAUAUGGUGUUUUUAACUGAUUUAGUAUUCAGAAUCACUAAGAAAUAUGUCCACAGCCAUUAAAUAAGAAAGUGUUCAACUUAUGUGCCAGUUUUCAUCUGAUCUAAAUGUUGCAUGGUUUAAUAGGUUGUUUAAUAGGUUGUCUUGUGUUCUUAUUUGUUUAUUACAUUUCUUAGUGUCAAGAUCUGCAUGUUAUUUAUGUGGUAUGGUGGAGCCUUAUGCAAAAAGUGUACAGAGGUGUUUUCUACUUGUAAUACAAAGCCUGGUUAAAGAAAUAUCUGUCUGUGAGUACACCUAAGAAAUCCCCCAAAGUCGGACUGUAAAAUGAUGGGGUUUUGCUAAGAAACUGAGGGUUCAACCAUUAUUGUGGUCUUCGCCUUAGCCUGUGACACACAUAGCCCUGUGCAACCUUUAUUGUGAAAUGCUGUGCUCUGACUGCCAAAAAACCAGGGAGAUGUGACACCCUCCUAUAUUUUAAUGGGUUAGAUACACAACUGUGUUAUCACUACAUUUUUUUUAAUUGCUCAAUAAACAAAAUGCCAAAUA